AUGGCCAGGCGGAGGGCAACGCAGGCGGCAUGCGACUAUCGGUCGCUGCUUGGGCUUCUGCUCGGCGGCAUCGUUGCGGGCUUUGUCCUCUCAGUGGAGCGCGCGGAGAUCUCCGAGCCCGACCGGAGAGUCGCAGCCCCUUCUCCGGCCGAAGUCAGGCCCAGCACAGCGCAAGAGCUGUCAGCUUGGCCGAGCAAAGCGGCCGAAGAGCAGCUGGCGCCAGCGGAGCCAAGGCCUUCGCAGGCCAACGAGUAUGGAUUCUACAUGCACGUGCACGGCCACCCAGCGGCCGUGAUCCAUCAAGUCCGGGAGAUCAAAAAGUGGUUUCCCGGAUCUCCGAUUUAUGUCAUGAGUGAUGGCAACAUGGACUUCAGCCGCCUUUGUGCCAAGGAGGGCUGCACCUUCGUGCUAUGCCCUCCUGCCAACGACCGCUGGCACCCGUGGCCAUUUCUGCGACGGCUCUACGACGCAGCUGUUGCGCUGAAGACGGACUUCGUGAUCCUGCUAGAGCCCGACAACACGAUCCAUGGGCCAAUCAAGACUCGGCCCCAGUUCGAUGCUGGCGGCUUGCAUGUCAAGGACAGGUCCUUUGCCGGCGCGGACUAUGUGGAGCCUUUGGCGCGGGCGCGGGUGGCGGACUUCAAGUGGACCAAGGCCAGUCAGCAGGCCGGCCUUUGCGGGGGCUCCUACUACCGCACAGCCGCCAUUCUGGACGCAUUUUCAGACGAGAAUGUGGCAAAGAUCGACUGGAAUAUGCUCGGGGAGAAGUUCAGCAAGGAACUCGGCGGGGGGAACUCGGGCGUGGAGUGGCCCUGGAGUGCAGCUCCGGAGCUUCAGCACGUUUUGGGCUUGGACCAUUGGUUCAAGAACGACCCCUUCCGCCUGGAGCUGGGCUUUGGGACGGAUAUCAACAGCACCGGCCGGGAGGAUAUUCGGCAAAUCUGUAAGCACCUGGGCUUGAACUUCCGGUGUGUGGGGGAUGGCACCCAGAAGCGCAUCAUGGCGCUGAAGUUGGACUGCAUCCGCGAGCGGAAGAAAGCGGAGGAUCUGGCGCUUGAGGCUCCCCGCGCUGUGGCCGGCUUCUACCGCGGAGCCCUGAACGUUCUGCCGGAGCAAGAGAAGUUCAAGGUGAACGCUCUCUUCGUGCAGUUCUAUGGUGGCGAGCGCGCCUGGUCCCUGGGAGAGGCAUAUGCUCCUGAGAACCUUCAAGCGGAGGCGCAGGAGCGCAAGCGUCAAAGGGAGGACUCGUCUUCGGACUCAGAGGAUAUGGAAGAGAUGCUGGGCCGCUAUGCCAACGUGCAGAAGACCUCGUGA